GCGUGCUUGCAUUGCUCGCUGCUCCGAGUGGUUCCUAGUUCUGCUUAUUUCUUUGGACACUUCCAACUUCACUCUCCAACAUGAAGGCGCUGAGCCCUGUACGCGGCUGCUACGAGGCGGUGUGCUGCCUGUCGGAACGCAGCCUGGCCAUCGCCCGGGGCCGAGGCAAGAGCCCGGCGGCGGAGGAGCCGCUGAGCCUCCUGGACGACAUGAACCACUGCUACUCGCGCCUGCGGGAACUGGUACCCGGAGUCCCGCGAGGCACUCAGCUUAGCCAGGUGGAAAUCCUGCAGCGUGUCAUAGACUACAUCCUCGACCUGCAGGUGGUCCUGGCCGAGCCGGCCCCCGGACCCCCGGACGGCCCGCAUCUCCCUAUCCAGACAGCUGAGCUCACCCCAGAACUUGUGAUCUCCAACGACAAGAGGAGCUUUUGCCACUGACCAAGCGGUCCUGGCACCUCUCGAACGCAGGUGCUGGCGCCCGUUCAGCCUGGGACCCUGAGACUCUGGGACCCUCUCCGGCCGGAAGCCUGAGGGCAUGGAUGAGCCCUAAUCUCGCCUCUAGCCCUCUUGACUUCACCGCCCCCACCCCCAACUCCUGCCUCGAGGCUGGACCUGGCGCCCGAGCGCGAAGGACUGUGAACUUGGGUGGCCUGAAAAGAGCUAGCGCCGGUCAGCAGCUGGGCAGCGUCACCCUACUGCCACCCCACCUCCAAGUUUUUUAAAAGACUGGCUUUUCAGAAAGAGGGUGGGCGAGGUGAGGGUGGAGAGUGGCUGCCCUGCAGACUCUGCCAAGGCAGCAUUAGAGCUGGUCUUCUGGUCUGCUGCCCUGAUUAUGAACUCUAUAAUAGAGUAUAUAGCUUUUGUACCUUUUACAGGAAGGUGACUUUCUGUAAUCAUGUGAUGUAUAUUAAACUUUUUAUAAAAGUUAACAUUUUGCAUAAUAAACGAUUUAAAAACA